AUGUCCCUGCCUGAGUUGAACGAGCUCGAGCCCAAGGAUCUCUGGCAAAACUUCUUCUUUAUGUGCGGGAUACCACAUGGGUCGGGAAAUGUCACGGCUAUCGUCCAGGCCCUCAAGGAGCGUGCCGAAGCAGCCGGUCUCAAGGCGACCAUUGAAGCCUCCUCCGGGAAUCUUCUCAUUGUGAAGGAGGCAGACCCAGGAUGCGAGAAUGCCCCAACAGUCUGCCUACAAGGUCAUUGUGACAUGGUUUGCAGCAAGCGUGCCACGACAGAGCACGACUUCCUCAAAGAUCCGAUUCGCCCACGUCUUGAGAUGACGGACGGCAAGCUCUGUAUGUAUGCAAACGGGACGACUCUCGGGGCAGAUAACGGGAUCGGCGUCUCUGCUGCCCUCGCGAUUGCUUGUGACAAGACUCUGAAGACGGGCCGUAUCGAGGUCCUCGUCACUAUCGACGAGGAGACUACAAUGCACGGCGUGAAGCACAUGGGGACGGACCUUCUCGAAGCCAAGUACUUGCUGAAUCUGGACUCUGAGGACCUCGGGGUCGUAACUAUUGGGUCUGCAGGAGGGUUCAAUGGCAACUUUUACUUCAAUCCCGCAACCUUCAAGACCAUAGAUUGUGACUCUUGCAAUUGCCUGAGUAUUGAAGUCAAGGGAUUCUCGGGUGGACACUCUGGCGUCGACAUCCACCAUUACAGAGGCAAUGCUAUAAAGAUUAUGGCGCGUAUCCUGGACAUUGCCUGUAGCCUUGAGUAUCAAGGAAAGAUUUGCUCCAUCAAGGGCGGAACAGCCCACAAUGCAAUUCCUAUGGACUGUUCUGCCUGUCUGUGCUUCUGCGGUGUCAGUCAGGCCAAGAUCGCCAGCUUCAUUUCUGAAGCCAAAAAGCUUGCGGAGGAUCUUAAGACUGAGUACAAGACAACCGACAGUGACGCCACGAUAGUGAUUCAUGAGCAGAGCCAGACCUGCCAUGGCAAGUGCACUCAUGCUCUCUAUGUUUCGUCGCGCAGCCUUGUUGACUUUCUGCUUACUUGCCCCUCUCAGGUUAUUCGCGUGUCUCAGGACGUUGAAGGCCUUACGGAGAGCUCGAUGAAUCUGGGCAAAGUGAGGUUCAGCGCAGAGAACCUCCCUGGGAGUUACAUUGUCACUCUGUCUCGUUCGUCGGUCAACUCCUACCUUGAUGCCAACGACAAGAUGUUGGCUGGGCUCGCCCGCAUGGCCAGGAUCUUCAAGUAUAGCGGCAAGCUGGAUCCGUACGGCGGCUGGACCCCGAAUCCUCACUCCAAGCUGCUAGAGAUCUGCAAGAGGCACUACGCAGACGCCCUCGGCGGGAAAGAGCCGAUCGUGGAGGCCAUCCACGCCGGCCUUGAGUGUGGCGAGAUUAUCUCUAGAUAUCCCAGCAUGGAGGCUAUUUCCAUCGGGCCGACUAUUAGGAAUCCUCAUAGUGACAGCGAACUCUGUGAAGUGGAGACUGUUCUGCCGUUCUACAAUGUCGUCAAGGGCAUUGUCUCGGAGAUUGCCACCCUCCAGUAA